CAUAAACAGGUCAUUUGUAAUGUGGUCUGUUGGUGGACAACACAGCCCCUCAGAGCUUUCCUUGACUGCAGUCUGACCCUCCUUCACCAUGGCAACAUUUGAUGAUCUCCUUGUAGAAGUUGGAGGUUUCGGUCCAUAUCAGAGCAGAGUGUUCCUCCUGAUGUAUCUGAGCUCAGCCUUGUUCUCCUGGCUUUACCUUGGCUUUGUGUUCCUAGCCAUUACUCCUGACCACUGGUGUAGGAGUCCUGGGGCAUCAGAACUUAGGGAAAAAUGCAAUUGGUCCCUGAACCAGGAAAAGAACUAUACACUCCCUGCAGGACGUCCUGGGAUCUCCUCGUACAGUCAUUGCGAGAGGUUUGACCUGGAUUGGAACUCUUCCUCGAUCAGCUGUGACAAUCCACUUCCCUUUGCCUGGAAUCACUCUCGAGAUCUCCCUGUUACGACAUGCCAGGAUGGGUGGGAGUUUGAGAAUGGCUCAAUCUCUAGCAUCGUGACUGAGUUUCAGCUGGUGUGUGCUGACGCCUGGAAGGUGGACCUCCCUCAGGCUUGUCUGAACCUGGGCUUCAUGCUUGGAACAAUAAUCAUGGGCUAUGCAGCGGACAUAUUUGGUCGCAAGUCCUGCUUCUUGUUUGCAACCUUUGUGACCACAGCCUCGGGUCUCCCACUGGCCUUUGCUCCAAGCUACCCUUGGUUUGUGAUUCUGCGCACUCUACAGGGGCUCUUCAGUCGGGGAGGAUACCUGUCGGCCAACAUCUUAAUGACAGAACUGGUUGUGCCCAAACACAGGAGGCAGGCGGGCAUUCUGAACCAGAUGGCAUUCAGUUUUGGCAUCAUGGUCCUUCCGGCAGUGGCCUACUCAGUUCCGGCCUGGAGAAGCCUGCAGCUCAUUAUCACCAUCCCAAACAUCCUCUUCCUCACCUACUACUGGCUGAUCCCGGAGUCUCCCAGGUGGAUGUUGUCCCGGGGGAAGGAGGCGGAGGUGAUGAAAGUUCUCCAACAGGUCGCAGCGACGAAUGGGUCCCGCCUGACCCAGACGGCCCAGACCAUUACGAUGGAGGAGGGUGACGGACAUGCGACCCGACCCUCUGUACUGGACCUGUUUAGGACCCCGCGGAUAAGGAGACACACUCUCAUCUUGAUGAUAAACUGGUUUGCCUGUGCUUUGGUGUACCAGGGGCUGAUCAUGUAUCUGGGAAAUAUGGGUGGAAACAUCUACCUUGACUUCUUCAUCUCUGGAGCUGCGGAAAUCCCGGCCUCAAUCAUCGUCCUUCUUGUCAUUGAGCGAAUUGGCCGGCGUCUUCCCUUUGCGACUGGCGGCCUGUUGUCAGGGGCUUCCUGCCUGAUAGUGGCCUUCAUCCCCGAGAAUGUCUUAUGGCUGAAAACUGUCAUUGCAUCCUUGGGCAGACUGGGAAUAACUGUUACCAUGGAAAUGGUGUGCUUUGUAAACAUGGAGCUGUACCCAACAUACUUACGGAGCUUCGCUGUGUCGUUCUGUGCGUCGCUGUCCGACUUUGGCGGGGUACUCUCUCCCUUCGUCGUCUUCAGGCUGUCUGCUCUCUGGCGGAGAAUGCCUCUGGUGGUUUUCGGGGUAUUUGGUUUGGUUUCUGGAGGUCUGGUGCUUCUCCUGCCUGAGACAAAGGGAUUGAGUUUACCUGAUACCAUUGAGAAGAUCGAGAACAUCAGCUGGUGGAAGCAAAAUACUUCAGAAAGACCCUACCAGAAAGUUGUUCUUCAUUCAACAACACCGACACAUGGUGCCAACAGCAGUUCGUGAAUAGGUCGGCCCAUUAAGUUUAAGCACUAAUGUCAGGUUCAUAUUUCUCUCUGUAUUGUGUCAUUAGGGUGGCGGGGUAAAGAUGCGUCUCUACCAAAGGAGAUGUAAGGCGCUCCUUCCCUCCGCUAGCCUGCCGGUCACCCUUGGGAAAGGUGUAGCACCUGAUUAGCCCCCAAUCAGAGUCAUGUGAGGCCAUGGGAGCAGGUGGUGGAUGGUCGUAUGAGCAGCUAGUACGGAUCACAAGACCUGGUUAAGCGACCACUGACACCAGGCAGACGAUCUCUGAAGAAUAUUGAUCAUCGCUGGGGUCACCCGUCUUGUAAAGACAUCACCCAGAAGAAGGCAAUGGCAAACCACUUCAGUAGAACAACUUGUUAAGAACAAUCAUGGUCAUACAACACGGCACAUAAAUAAUGAACAACUGUGUCACACUCCAAAUUAUAUGGGUUCCGAUAAAGUAGUUAGGAGCUAAUUUGCUGGAGAUCUGGGGUGGGUGAACACAGGCUGACUUUAAUCUUCAGAAGAUUCAAAUAAGCAGGUUUGUUUAAGUGGUGAAUCAUUUCUCCAGAUGAAGGCAAGAUGUGAGUAGGUUUAGUGAUAGAUUGAAGUUGUAUGGCCUAUGCACUUUCAAAAGGGAAUUGGACAAGUACCAGAAAGGGUAAAAAUCACAGGGCUAUGCACACAAAGUGGAGCGAUGCAGUGAAUUGGGUUCAACAUGGGUAGGAAACACCAAACAAAAGCAAGUGGAGCCACUGGGCCUCUGUCUGGGAGGAUGAACUGCCAGGGUACAGAGAAAUAGCCACUGGUGGUGUCUGUAUCUGUAUGGGAUAAGAGAACAGCACGUUGGUAAAAAAACCAUCAGAAACAUCGGUUCGAUCCUGACCUCGGCUGCUAUCUGUGGGAAUUUAGAUUUCCUCCAGGUGCUCUGGUUUCCUCCUACUAGCCAAAGGUGAGGAUUCACGGGUGAGUUGGCUGCAGUAAAUUGUCUCUAACCUGUGAGUGGGUGGAGGACUAUGGGAGGAAUUUCUGUCAGUUGGGGGGAGAAUAAAGAGGGAUCGAUGUAAAUGAACACCUCCAAAUAACCCAACUCCUCUGCCCCAACAACACUACGACUCGGCAGUUAAAAGCAGGGCUUCAGAAGGUGGUACCAGUGUCUGACUCGAUGAUUACUCAAUCACUAACUCUAACCACUGAUUUUCAUAAAAUAUUUCAUGAGACUUUGCAAAUGAGAAUAUAUCUGUUAACUAGAUAGAGGGAACGAAUCAUACUUUUAUACAUAAAUUAAGUCAGACGUAAUUAAAGUUUGCUGUAAAUGUAUCCAAGUGUUUACUGCUGUUUGCAGAAUAAUGGUACAGAUGUUAGUUGUGGUGUUAAAGGGGACAGAGAGCUUGUGGGAGGAGUACAGUGUCCAGAACAACAGCUGGGAUGGUGUCUGUGUGUUAAGCUAUUCCCAGCAACCCCUACGUCCAAAGAUCUGAAAGUAAUCUGAAAUUCAUUAGCUGUCCCAAACCAGUGCUAAUGCACUCCCCUCAUGUGACCUCAGUUUGAUUUGGGAGCUGUGGACAUUAAGUAGACAAAAUUCCUCACAGCUCUGACCUCAGGAAGUGGUCCCACAAUACAACCCCCGAUUUAGUCAGUUUUUAGUUUAUUUUAGGAAUGGUUUUGGGGACAGAGAGGGGAGUUAGAGGUCAGGUCAGGGUUUAGGGGAAUUGGAGGAUAGGACAGAGUCUAAGUCUAAGCCUCUGCUCUGUGUUUGAAGUCCAGUAGCCGACCAGUGUUAUAGGCCUAGCAUUCAGGGUCCCUUCUUCAACGGGUCUAACGAUUGAGUCCUUGAGUUCAGGCCCUCAUAUAUAUCUGAGAGUCCUGGGUCAAUACUGAAGAUUGAUGCCUAAAGAUCAAUUGGAGGUCUGGAUCGAAGCCCAUAGGUCAGUCGGAAGUCCAAUAGUCAAGGCUCGAUGGCUGGAGCCUGGGCCUGGGAAUCUCUGUCAGUCCACUGGGGAAGGAGCAGCCCAAUGUCUCUGAGUGUACUAGUGCACUGAGCCUGGAGGCUGAAAACUGCGACAGAGGGCUGUGUAUGUACGUUGGUGGGAGGGAAGGAGGGAGGAAUGGGGCUUGUUUCGCUGCUGUUGAUUUGUCGCUUGUUGUGUUCUGUGUUGUUCUGUCGAGCAUUGUGGGCCUGUUACAUCGCCAUAAUGUAUAAUGACACAUGCGGGGGAGUGUUGGCUGUUCAUACAAAUGAUGCAAUGUACAUGUGAUAAAUAAAUCUGAA